AGGAAUUACUGGACAGAAGACGGAGAUUGAGAGAGCUGGGGAGUCCCUUUAGUUCUGAAGACAGAGGGGAUCACCUGAGCCAACCAGGUGGACAUGGCCAACAGGGGCCACACUCAACCCAGGGCCCUGGCCUGGGCCCUGGGACUGACCCUGGUAUGGAUCCUGCUGGGUGCCUGUGGAGGGAGCCGCCCACUCCCAGCUUUGUCCCGAAGACACCAUAGGCUGGCGGCAGAUCUUGGCACAGGCCAGCUGCACCUUGCAGAGAUGGACACACCAGAGGCAUCGGGCCCUGGGAUGGUCUCAGAACACUGUGGGAAGCCGAGCCCCGGGUGCGAAUCCUUUCUGGGACACCUCCAAGUCGCCCUCCACAAUCGCUUCCGCCUGUUGUUACUGGGGAUACGCCAGGCGCAGCCGCUCUGUUCAGAGCUCUGCGACAUCUGGUUUGCCACGUGUGAAAGUGAUAUUACCUGCGGUCCGACUUGGCUCCCACUCCUAGAAAAGAGGGGCUGUGAGCCUCGCUGCACUACCUACGAGCAGACCUUCGCUGACGGGGCGGACCUUUGCCGCUCGGUUCUGGGCUACGCCCUACCAGUGGCCGCUCCUGGCGCCGAUCACUGCCUCAACAUUUCCAUCUCGGUACUGCCGGGGUCCAGACAGGAACGGAAGGCCCAGGAAGUCACCUUCCCGCGUUCCCGCCGCUCACGCACCUGGAUCCUGGAUGCUCCCGGCAGCGGGAGCGGCAGUGGAAGCGGCAGCGGCCCUUAGGGGGCGCCAGGUCUUGAGUGGGAGAUUCAUCCCUUCCCCAGACCCCGUCCCUCUAGACACCCGGAGCUUCACCAUUCUCCCGCUCUGCCUUCUAGUUUCCAGAGUCCUGUCCCUCCUCCCUGGAGUCCCAGGGACUAGCUCUUCUCCAGGUGAUUAGAGAAAUAAUCCAACUCUAGCUCAUCUCUCCCUCUCCCCCUCUGAAUAAAGUCGCCAACUAGA